UUGACACAUGUGGACCUCCAGUGACAUCCUCCUCCAGCAAGGCUGUCUCCGCUCCCUCCUGCGCUCAGAAGCCUCUGGAGGGAUUUAUUUUGCAGAAGGGAACUUCCAUGCAUUUGCUUACUGUUAUUUAAGGAGCCUUUGCUAGACGCUUUUGGAUCGUGCUUCUGAGCGGACAAAAGAUUUUGCCUUCAAAAUGCUCAUAAAGGAAUAUCGCAUUCCUCUUCCGAGGAGCGUGGAAGAGUAUCGCAUUGCCCAGCUCUACAUGAUCCAGAAAAAGAGCAGAGAGGAGACAUGUGGGGAAGGCAGUGGAGUGGAGAUCCUGGAGAACAGGCCCUACAUGGACGGCCCCGGAGGCAACGGGCAGUACACGCACAAAGUUUACCACAUUGGUAUGCACAUACCCAGCUGGUUUCGGUCCAUACUGCCCAAGGCAGCGCUGCGAGUUGAGGAGGAAUCUUGGAACGCGUAUCCUUACACGAGGACAAGGUAUACGUGUCCUUUUGUGGAGAAAUUCUCUAUUGAUAUCGAGACCUACUACAAAACUGACCCAGGAGAACACACCAAUGUGUUCAAUCUUUCUCCUGCGGAGAAAAGACAGACCAUUCUCGAUCCUAUUGAUAUUGUUAAAGAUCCUAUCCCUCCACAUGAAUACAAAGCUGAGGAGGAUCCCAAACUGUAUAAAUCAGUGAAGACUAAAAGAGGACCCCUCUCCGAAGACUGGAUUGAAGAAUACAAGAACAACCCUGGGAAAUACCCAAUCAUGUGUGCAUAUAAACUUUGUAAAGUCGAGUUCAGAUACUGGGGAAUGCAGUCCAAAAUCGAGCGGUUUAUCCAUGAUGUUGGCUUGCGGAAGGUCAUGGUCCGUGCCCAUCGGCAGGCCUGGUGCUGGCAGGACGAGUGGUACGGGCUCACCAUCGAGGAUAUCCGGCAGCUGGAGAAGGAGGCGCAGCUGAUGCUGGCUCAGAAGAUGGCCCAGUUCUGCAGCGAAAACGACAGCGAGCAGCACGGAGCCAAGGACGCUGCUGGCGAGAAGGAUGUUGAAGCUGACGCCGUUUCGCCUGUUGACGCAGAGGAUGUUGCUAGUAACAGCGAAACGGCGUCCGGGAGGUCCCUCACCAAGCAGUGGUCCACCUCUUCCAAGUCCUCACGCUCUUCAAAGAGAGGAGCAAGUCCCUCACGCCAUAGCAUCUCGGAGUGGAGGAUGCAGAGCAUUGCCAGAGACUCGGAUGACAGCUCGGACGAUGAAUUCUUCGAUGCACAUGAGGACUUGUCUGACAAUGAGGAAAUGUUCCCGAAAGAAAUAACCAAAUGGAGUUCCAAUGAUCUGAUGGAUAAAAUUGAAACCCCUGAAUGCGAUGAUGUCCAGGGCGACCUGUAUCGCGAGCCGUCGGCAGAGUACCGCGUGGCCUCCAGCGUGGAGCGGCUCAGCAUCAUCGAGGAUGAAUCAGUGCAGCCCUUAAUGCAGCCAAGUAAAAUUCAUGUCCUCCUCUUGGUCCUGCAUGGAGGCAACAUCCUGGACUCAGGAAGUGGUGACCAGAGCUCUAAACAAGGGGACGUCAACACCAUCACGACCGUGUUUGACACGGUGAUGAGGGUACAUUACCCAGCUGCUCUUGGACACAUUGCCAUCAAGCUAGUCCCUUGCCCAGCCAUCUGCUCUGAAGCCUUUUCGCUGGUGUCCAGCCUCAGCCCGUACAGCUACGACGAAGGCUGCCUGUCCAACAGCCAGGACCACAUCCCACUUGCCGCACUCCCUUUGCUAGCGACCUCGUCCCCGCAGUACCAGGAGGCCGUGGCCACCGUGAUCGUCAGAGCCAACCAGGCCUACAGCGAGUUCAUCCGCUCCCCGGAGGGCACGUCGUUCAACGGCCAGGUUUGCUUGGUAGGGGACUGUGUCGGAGGCAUUCUGGGGUUUGAUGCCUUAUGCUACAGCAAUCAGACCGUGUCGGAGAGCCAGAACAGCAGCCGGCGAGGCAGCGUGGUGAGCGUGCAGGAUACCGAUCUCCUGUCUCCUGGAAUAACAGUGAACAAUAGCUAUUGUUCCAGUGGCUCUAAUCUGGAAGGCAGCAGACACCUCAGCAGGAGCAACAUUGAUAUUCCUCGUAGCAACGGAGAAGAUCCAAAGAAGCAGCUGCCACGCAAGAGGAGUGAUUCAUCAACCUACGAGCUGGACACAAUAAAGCAGCAUCAGGCCUUUCUUUCAAGUUUACAUUCUAGUGUUCUGAGGAACGACCCAGGCUCCAGGCGCUCCAGCAGCUCCACGAUGUUGGAUGGAGGAAAUAUUGGAAAGUUUGAAUUUGAGAUCACGGACUUCUUCCUCUUUGGUUCUCCCCUGGGGCUGGUUCUUGCGCUGAGAAAAACUGUCAUCCCAGCUCUAGACAUCUUUCAGCUGAGGCCGGCCUGCCAGCAAGUCUAUAACCUGUUCCACCCCGCAGACCCGUCCGCCUCCCGCCUGGAGCCGCUGCUGGAGAGGAAGUUCUACCUGCUGCCCCCCUUCAACGUCCCCCGCUACCAGAGGUUCCCGCUGGGUGACGGCAAUUCGGCUGUGCUGGUUGAGACAAUCCAGAACAAUCCCAUCCUGCUCAUGGAAAGCAGCCCUUUGGGUGCUCUCCAGCACCAGGACAGCUUCAUGGAAACAAGUAUCCCUGUUCCCGUUCUGAAUUGGCAAGAUGUUUCCAAUAAAAGUGCUGGUUUUGCUGAGUCAGAUGUUGUUCAGUCUCAUGGUGCCGUCUUCAUGGAAAGCGCGUCCCUGUCCACCCCCAUGUCCGCCCCUCAGUUCAGGGGCUUCCGACGAGCCAGUGAGAUCAGCAUUGCCAGCCAGGUCUCGGGAAUGGCAGACAGUUACACUGCUUCCAACAUAGCCAACAUUGCCGCCAAGUGGUGGGGAACCAAGAGGAUCGACUAUGCCCUGUACUGCCCCGACGCGCUGACGGCCUUCCCCACCGUGGCCCUGCCGCACCUCUUCCACGCCAGCUACUGGGAGUCCACGGACGGCUCUGUCGUCCCGCAGGUGAUGAGGCACGAGAACAGCAGCGUCCUGGAGCUGGACGGGAAGGAGGUGUCCGUCUUCACGCCCUCCAAGCCCCGGGAGAAGUGGCUGCGCAAGAGGACGCACGUGAAGCUGCGGAAUGUCACAGCCAACCACAGGAUAAAUGACACCAUCGCUAAUGAAGACGGGCCCCAGACCUUAACUGGAAGGUUUAUGUACGGUCCGUUAGACAUGGUCACACUCACGGGGGAAAAGGUGGACAUUCACAUCAUGACGCAGCCGCCGUCCGGGGAGUGGGUUUACUUCGACACCGAGAUCAGCAACAGCAGCGGCAGGAUCUCCUACGUCAUCCCAGAGAGCCGCCGCCUGGGCAUUGGCGUGUACCCCGUGAAGAUGGUGGUCAGGGGCGACCACACGUUUGCAGACAGCUACAUCACAGUCCUGCCUAAGGGGACGGAGUUCGUGGUGUUCAGCAUCGACGGCUCCUUCGCAGCCAGCGUGUCCAUCAUGGGCAGCGACCCCAAGGUCCGCGCUGGAGCGGUCGACGUCGUAAGGCACUGGCAAGACCUCGGCUACCUCAUAAUCUACGUCACGGGCCGCCCCGACAUGCAGAAGCAGAGGGUGGUGGCGUGGUUGGCACAGCACAACUUCCCCCACGGGAUCGUCUCCUUCUGCGACGGGCUGGUCCACGACCCGCUGCGGCACAAGGCCAACUUCCUCAAAUCCCUCAUCACGGACCUCCACAUGAAGAUCCACGCGGCGUACGGCUCCACUAAGGACAUCUCCGUGUACAGCUCCAUCAGCCUCCCGCCCACGCACAUCUACAUCGUCGGCCGCCCCACCAAGAAGCUGCAGAGCCAGUGCCAGAGCCAGUCCGACGGCGACAAGGAGAGGGACAGGGAGCGCAGCCAAAGGAGCAUGAGCAUCGCCACGGGGUGCUGGGGCCGGAGCGCGGCGGCCCGCCUGGAGUCUGGCCUCCUGGGGCAGAAAUAGCCAGGCCAGAGCCCAGCGACAGUCAGCUGUAGCCACCGGAGAAGAAAACGAAAAAGGGAAGAGGGACGAGGCCGGCGUUACGCGCUGGAAGGGUAAAUAUGGUGCUACUCUAAUAACAUCGUGGUGUUGCAGCAGGAGACGGGAUGUUUCCCACGCGGAACAUGCAGGCCUUGCAGCGGGAGCGGCGCGAGUGUGCAGCAGGAGCCCCAGGAACAGCUGGAAACCAAGGAGGGAACAGUCUCCCGGUCAGGAUCGCGCGCUCUCCUGCCUCCUUCUCUUAUCCAGGUUUAGUGACUGUAAAUACCUGUGCCUCCUCGCCUCGUUAGCCAUCGCUCCGACACGCGGCACCGGGGCCGUCCCCAGAGCCGCAGGAACGGGGUGAGGC